CAGAAUGCAACCAUUCAAAACUUGUUGAAAUAUGGCAUAGGCUUGGGCUUAUUCCCAGGAGUCAAAUCUGUAGAGGAAGCACGAGCUCAAGUGCUAAAUUUGGUGACUAAACUCAAAGACUCUUCUUUGUUGCUGGAUAGUGGUAGCAGUUUGAACUUCGAUAUGCACGAUCUUGUUCGAGAUUUUGCCACAUCGACUGUCUCUAAGGAGUAUGGCGUGUUGGCUUUAACAGAAGACGCACCAAUCAACUGGUCACACAUGGAGGCGAUGGAGAGCAUCAAAUGGAUUUAUUUAUCAAAUGGGAACACCAGUCAGCUUCCAGAUGAGUUGAAAUGUCCGAAACUUACUUUCUUUCAUUUGUCUGAAAAGACUCCUUCUCUAGCAAGUCCACCAAACUUGUUUAGGGAUAAGGAAGGACUCAAAGUCUUGAGUUUGUCGAAAAUGAAUUUUUUGUCAAUCCCUUCCUUAAUUUCCCCCCCAAAAAACCUUCGUACUUUGUGUCUGGAUCAAGUUGAGUUAGGAGCCGCAAACAUAGGCACAAUGAUGGGAGCGCUGGAGAAUUUGCAAGUCCUCAGCCUUGCAGGAUCUGAUAUCAAAGAGUUGCCAAAGCAAAUAGGGCAGCUAACCAAGCUGAAGUUGUUAGAUUUGAGUGAUUGUAACGAACUCAAAGUAAUUCCACCAGGUGUCUUGUCAAAUUUGUCAGGAUUAGAAGAACUAUAUAUGAGAAACAGCUUUGUUCAAUGGGCGGAGGGCAUUGAGGAGCAUGAAAAUCAAAAUGCUAGCCUAGCAGAGUUGCAGACUUUAAUGUCGUUGACUUCUAUAGAGCUACAUGUUCUUUGCAAGAUUUGGAAGAUUCCGGAGGGCUUGUUCUCUGAAAAUUUGGCAAGAUUCAAAGUUUUCUUGGGAGAUAGGUGGAACAACUGGAAUAGUUCUUGGGGAGUUUCAAAAUUAUUGAAGCUAAAGCCAGAUGCAAGAAGUAGUUCUCACCACUCAGUUAGGAAGUUGCUAAAGAAGACAAAUGAACUACAUCUAGAAGGACUGAUUGGUAUUAAAAAUGUAGUCAAUGAAUUAGAUAACGACGGUUUCCAAGAAUUGAAGUAUCUCUUUGUCCAAGAUGCUUUGGAGAUUCAACAUAUCAUCCCAGUGAAGCCUGCAUUUCCUGUAUUGGAGGUAUUAGUUCUUCGCAAUUUGGAAAAUAUGGAGAAGAUAUGUCAUGGUCCGCUAGAAGCAGCUUCUUUUAGAAAAUUGAGGUUGAUAACUAUUGAAUGUUGUAACAAGUUGAAGAAUUUGUUCUCCGCCUCUAUAGCCAGACAGCUUCAGCAACUACAAGAAAUUAGAGUGAAACACUGCACUGACAUGGAAGAGAUUAUUGAUGACAAAGAGCAAGAGAGUGGGAAUAGUGCUGAAGAACGUGAAGGACAUAUUGUGGAAUUAAUUACUCUGCGAUCCUUGAAGUUACAACGUCUACCAAAGCUGAUUAGCUUCAACAGUAGUUGCAGGAACAUGACUUUUUUCAAUGAAAAGGUUGUGCUUACAAACUUAGAAGAAUUGCAGUUGUUCUCAAUUAUGGUUGAUAAUACCUUAUGGCACAAUUCAAUGACCUCUUAUAUCGAGAAACUGACAAAGUUGAUCAUUCAUGGCUGUACAAAUUACGUGUGCACCAUGCCAUCACUCUUCAUGGAAAAGGUUGUGUCUGCAUCAAACCUAGAGGAGUUGCAAUUGUGCUCGAUUGAGCGUACUACCACCAUAUGGGAGAUUUCGAUGAUAUCUUGUUUUGAGAAACUGAAGAAAUUGAUUAUUGAUGACUGUAAAAAUCUGGAAUACCUAUUCUCAUCUUCGGUUGAAUCGGAUUCAGAAGGGAUGAUCCAACUCCUCCUUCCAAAAUUAAAGAGGUUAGAAUUGGGAGAUUUGCCCCAGUUGAAGAGCAUCUGUAGGGAGAGGGCAGCAAUGGUAUGUGAUUCUCUUGAACGGAUUAUAAUUUGGAAUUGCCAUAGCCUAAGAAGGUUCCCUCUUUAUUUUCCCCAACUUGAAAAUGGACAACCAUCUCCUCCUCCUUCCCUCAAACAAAUCGUAGUAUGGCCACAACAUUACUGGAAAUCUUUAGAGUGGGACCAUCCUUAUGCAGGGCAUGUACUUCUACAAUUCUGUGGAAGAUAUGAUUCGUUUCCUUUCAAAUUAGUAGAAGGGCGUAUUAAAAGGUUAGAGUUGACUGAUAUUGAUGUAGAGAAUACUUGGGUGCCACCAUCCGUACAAGAAUUAGUUCUUAAUGGAUGCAACUACUUAAGAAGCUUAAAUGAUAUCUCUUCCACUAAAGAUGCAGAAGGAUUGAAGUGCUGUAGGAUUCGAGACUGCAAUGGCGUGAAGUGUGUUCUUUCCUCGUCCAUAAAUCUACUGGCCCAAAAGCUUGAGGCUCUGGAUCUUUUUAGUUUGGAAAACUUGGAAGCCCUUUUUGAAGCAGAGGCAAUUACCAAGUCACCACUACCACUUGACACUUUUUCAUCUCUUAAAACAAUAAGUGUUUGGCAAUGUCAUAAAAUAAAGACGUUGUUCCCCUUUUGGAUGAAUCUCCAGAGUCUAGAAGAAAUUGAGAUUGGAUAUUGCAAUCAGAUGGAAGAAAUAAUAGUAUGGGAUGCAGAAGAAGCAGAGGCAAUUACCAAGUCACCACUACCACCUGACACUUUUUCAUCUCUUAAAACAGUAAGUGUUGGAAACUGUCAUAAAAUAAAGAAGUUGUUCCCCUUUUGGAUGAAUCUCCAAAGUCUAGAAGAAAUUCGCAUUGAAUAUUGCGAUCAGAUGGAAGAAAUAAUAGUAUGGGAUGUAGAAGAAGCAGAGGCAAUUACCAAGUCACCACUACCACCUGACACUUUUUCAUCUCUGAAAACAAUAAGUGUUUGUCACUGUCAUAAAAUAAAGACGUUGUUCCCCUUUUGGAUGAAUCUCCAGAGUCUAGAAGAAAUUCACAUUGGAUAUUGCAAUCAGAUGGAAGAAAUAAUAGUAUGGGAUGCAGAAGAAGCAGGAGGAGAAAAAGAAGGGGUCAUCCAACUCAUUCUUCCAAAAUUGAAAAUUUUGAAAUUGAAAGAAUUGCCCGCAUUGAAGAGCAUCUGUAGCAGGAGGGCAGUAAUGGUAUGUGAUUCUCUGAAAGAGAUUUGGAUCUGGAAUUGCCAGGGCCUAAGGAGGAUCCCUCUGUAUCUUUCCUUGCUUGAUAACGGACAACCAUCUCCUCCUCCUUCCCUCGAACGAAUCAAAAUUCACUCCGUUGUGGAGCCUUUGUCUUUAAUCAACGAAGAAGAUGAAGAAGAAAUCACCUAUUGUCACUCUGCAACAGUCAUCUUCACCAUGGCUCCUCUAAUCGAUGUGGAAAAGGAAGCUGAGAUAUCCGCCUCUAUCUCUUCAUGGGCAUCAAGGAAUUUGGACACUUCUCAAAAGAAGGGCUCCGCAAUUCUCAAUUUGUAGUGCAUUGUGAGUUGUAUCAUUUUCUGUAACUGUUUGGCGCCCAUGAUGUAGUUGUAUCAAAACGAAACAUGGCUGAUUCAGGAGCUCUUGGACGAGGUGUUGUUUACUGGCUAAAGGUGACAUCUUGUAAGAUGAAGUAUGCCUUGAUACAAUUGAGCAAAGUCUGCUAAAGGGACCUGCUGCCAAUAUAGUUCCUGUCUUGUUAGGAGAGAGACUGCCAACAUUGUGAAAGAAGGAUGUAAUGUUCUCCCCUUUUAAUUCCCACCUUGAUCUCUCUCAGGUGUGCAAUUGUUUACUUCCUG